AGCAGUCGGAGCGUAACCCCGGACGGACCGCAGGGAAACCGUUGACGCACAAAGCUCGUCAGCGUAGCUUAGCGUCGCUCUCUGGGUCGUAGCCGCUUUAAAUUCGCCGCGUUCAGACUGUGGUGCACAAACAAACCGGUCACGGUGACUGUGAUGUGACUGCUCCCACUCCCACGAUGGACGGAGUUAUUUCACACUUACACGGUUCCUCUCUUCCACUCUCCACCCUGCGUCUCCUGGUCCCGCCUAUCCGCCUCAUCUCCGCGGCAAUAUGGCAGACGGUGGAGCAGAAAAUCGUGUCAGACUAUGGGCUGCUCGAGGAGUUUGUGUUCAUGGUCACGGAGAUCGUUCCCCAGCUGCUGUCCCCACGGCAGCGAGCCGAACUCAUUCUGGGUCUGAGGGCUAGGCUCAUCCUGGAGUUGUGUCGCUCUGACGACACGGCCGACCUCCAGGUCAUUCAGCCUCAUCUGGACAGGAUGCAGACGCUCACGUCGCUGUGGAGCCCUGAGACUGAAAACGGAGAACAAACCAAACCCGACUCUCAUUUCAUGGGCCUCGUCCGAAAUCUGCUCCAGGAUCCCACCGAGAGAACCAACUUUUUCCAGGACGUUUUCCCGGGCGACUUUGGUCCCACGUACGACAAAGCCAUCCAGACUCUGAUGUGGCUUUUUCUGUCCAGACUUGAAAAGCUUCUUCCCGUUCAAACUCUUCAGCAGAUCGCGUCUUUGCUCAGCAACGCCUCGUCUGUCCUGGGUGAAUGUAUGGAGACGAUGGCACAACCUCAGGAGCUGAAGACGCUGCUGGACUCUUACAAAGACCUCACUCAGUUAGAGGAUAUCGAAUCCUGCAUCGUUGAAAGUGGCAUCUUGUCCGUUCUCUGCCUCCCGUCUGAAGAACGAGUCAUGAUCAUCAACGACCAAACGGAAACGGACGCCGUCUACACAGUCUGCACAGAGAUGGAGGUGGAGACAGAGAACAAAGAGACUUACACAGAGGCAACCGUGACCACGGACCAGUGGUUCGGUAUCGCCGGCGAAGUGAAGACGGAGAUUGGCGCCGAAGGCACCACAGCCGACGAGGGCGAGAUGGCCGAUGUGCACCACGAUGGCCAGUCUGGAACGCUGAUGAUAGGGGAGGACGGCCAGGUGACGGUGCUGGACGACACGGAGAAGAAGCCAAACAGACGCGGGAGGAAGAAGAAGCAACCCACGGACGAAGAGCCGGACUACGACGUUCUGUGGGAGAGACCCGUGCGAAAGAACCGCGGGCUCAAGAUGAAAGGCUACCUGUCGCAGUGGAGGAAAUCUUCAAGGACGCAGAGCAGCAAUGCUGUGAACGCCACCUCAAAAACGUUCACCCGAUCCCAAGCGCCAAAUAAGAGCAACGACUUGGACGAGAGGACAUGCAAAGUGUGCGGCCUCGUAGUGAGACAGGCCAAGUUCUUACCGCGACACAUGAGCAGACACUCGAAGGACGACCCAUUUUCCUGUUCGGUGUGUAAAAGGUUUUAUAAGAGCUUACGUUACUUGCAGCAGCACAGAUGUCAAGGUCUGACGGAUAAGAAGAAGCCUGGCAGGAAACCAAAGGUGCAGGUGACGGAAGCGGACAAGGCCGAAGAAUCGUCCAGCGGGGUUCCCUGCGACGCAGCCGCCGAGGAUCCACCGGCAGACGACACCGAGCAGGACCCGGACUACACACCCUCAGAGAGGAAGUCCUCCAAAGACCAAAGUCCGGAAGGAAACAAGAGCAUUCUAGAAGGUCCGUUCUUCUGUCAGCACUGCAGUGCUGAGUUCAAGUGCAGACAAACUUUUCGGUUCCACAUGAGAAACAUUUGCUACACCGAGCAGCAGGUGGAUCCCGAGACGUCCGAGGACAUCAAGCGCUGUUUCAGGUGCGACGAGUGCGGCAAGGUGUUCCGAUACAAAUCGACCCUGGAGUCGCACAGACAGACGCACAACCCGCUCUACUGCGAGGUGUGCACUAAACUGGUCCGAGACCCCGAGGCCCUGGCGAUGCACAAAGAAUCACACACGCCAUUUCAGUGCAACCAGUGCGACGAGAGCUUCCUCGUUUUCAAGGCUCUUCACAAGCACUACAUCGACGUCCACAACCCCACCGAGCCGUUUACCUGCACCCACUGUCAGACCACGUUCCCCAGUCUGAAGCGGUUCAUCCGACAUGAGUGGAAGCACACCGGCUACCAGCCGUUCCAGUGCUCCUACUGCACCAAGAGGUUCCGCUCGUUCUCCGACCUCGUGGAGCACCAGAAGAAGCACACCAAGGCGUAUCCGUUCCUGUGCUGGGAGUGCGGCAAGAAGUUCAGGCACAGCGUCACGCUGACGAGGCACGUGGAGCGCGUGCACAACGCCGGCGAACCCAUACUGGACAAACCCCUGCCGACGUUCACCUGCGCACAGUGCGGGAAGACGUUCACGUCCAGGAGGUGCCUCCUGAAACACGACAACUUCCACCACAAGGGGAUGCGGUUCCCGUGCGAGCACUGUGGGAAGGGAUUCUUCGGCAAGGACGCACUCGUGAGGCACACACUGAUUCACACGGGCGAGCGGCCCUUCAAGUGCGACGACUGCGACAAAUCCUUCAGGUCCUCGGCCGAGUUGAAGAUACACAGGCGGUACCACACCGGGGAGCGGCCGUUCAAAUGCAACAUUUGCGAGAAGGGUUUCGUCCAGUCGUGCUUCCUGACGUUGCACAUGCGAACCCACACGGGAGAGCGGCCGUAUGUUUGCGCCGUGUGUAGCAAAGGCUUUUCGAGUCUUCACGGCCUAAAGAGACACAGGAGACUUGUUCAUGCGUAGUCGUUGCUAACGCUAACUAGUUGGGAAUCCCGAGUCUGCAUUUCUAAGGAUUCUAUAUUCUUCUGCUUCCACAUCGUUUUUUCAUGCUCACAUCCAAAACUUUUUUUUGCCCCCGUUGAAAACUGUCGUAACCGAAAACGAGGCCGAAGAACAACCAAGAACAACCCUUGGGCAUACUCUCCGUUCCCAACUGCACAAACCCUCCCGUUCUCUUUGAUGUUCUCUAACUGAUGGAGGUCAGAGGUCGCGUAACUGGAUAAACUGCUGACCUCUGGGUCACAAACUCCUGUUACUGUUGAUGAUCGUGUUUGACGGAUUCCGUUUCUUGAAGACAUUCACCACAUUUCCACCCUGGCCUGAAUCGUUAGGAGAUGCUGUGUGACUGUAUAGUGUGUUAUAAAUAUGUAUAAUAAAAAAAGAAAAGAAAGAACUUUGUAUUUUUUACAGGAAAAAAACCCAUUUAGCUCUGCAUAAGAUUUCUAUGUAAAUGAUGUGACCUCUUGAUUCCUUUGGGAAUUGUUUCCUUCUUGAAUAAAUUCAGAGUAUGACUCCA